AUGCCGGCCCAUCUCCACGCUCACCCACAUGGGAGCACCUCCCUAGCUGCCAACCAUGAAGCUGAGAGUCCAUCAGAUACACUGUCCUCUCCUCGGGUAUACUUGUCUCACGACGAUGAGGAUGCCAUCGCGGAGAUCCGUCGGACCUUGACUGAGAUUAGCCAUCAUAGCCCCCAACAAGCUUAUUCGGAGCCGCACUCUUCCUUUGACAAGUUUUUAGAAGCAGAGUUGCAAGCGGGCCGGAAAAAGUCGAAUCUUGGAGUUUGCUUUCAAUCGCUGUCGACAUGGGGGGAUGGUGAGGAGCACACCGAUGUUAAGACUUUGGGAACGGCACUCUGGCGCACAUUGACAUUUCAGGAUGUCUAUGAGUGGACGAUCCAGCCCUGGCUUUCUAAAAAGGAACCUCAGAGCGGACGUCCGUUGAUUCGUGAUUUUUCAGGUGCCGUUCGAAGUGGUGAGAUCAUGCUGGUGCUGGGACGACCGGGAGCUGGUUGCUCGACAUUUCUACGAACAAUUGCGGGCCAUCACUCUUCGUUCCUCGGAGUGACAGGGUCGUUGGACUACUCUGGUCUCAGCCUAGAAGAGGUCAAAAAGCACUAUCGUGGCCAGGUGGCCUAUGUCCCAGAGGACGAUGUACAUUUUCCUACACUCACGGUGCAACAGACGCUGGAAUUUGCGCUCCAGAGUAAGACACCCCAGAGAUACCAAGACCGGAUCUCUCGUUACCUUGAGAUCUACGGCCGCGUGUUUGGCAUGUCUCACACGAUGAAUACAUUGGUCGGUAACGAAUACAUUCGAGGUGUUUCUGGUGGGGAACGCAAGCGUAUCUCAAUCAUUGAGUCCCUCGCAACGGAUUCUUCUGUUUCAUGCUGGGAUAAUUCCACCAGGGGACUUGACGCUUCAUCCGCCCUGGACUAUGCUCGUAGUCUCCGAAUUAUGACUGAUACAUGCGGCAAAGCUACGCUAAUGACACUGUAUCAAGCAUCGGAUGCCAUUUACGACCUGGUUGAUAAGGUUCUUCUGAUUGACGAAGGGCGCAUGCUCUUCCAAGGCCCAGCUCGGGAAGCAAAGCGUUACUUUGAAGACUUGGGUUACGAGUGCGCGGAAAUGCAGACAAUCUCGGACUUCUUAACGAGCAUCACAGUUCCUGAGAGACGCAGAUUCCGACCUGGUUGGGAGCACCGAGCCCCCAAAGGCCCCAUUGAGCUGGAGGAAACAUUCCGCAAAAGCCCAGCCUACCAUAAGGUCCAGUGUGAUGUACAGCAGUACGAGGAUCAAUGCCUUGGCGGAAAAAGUGUUCGAUGCUCGCAGACCGACUCAGACGAUGGAAGUCUGGAAGACUUCAAGAAGGCCAUACAAACAGACAAGUCCCGUUUUGUUUCGCCUAAGUCCCCGUAUACGAUCUCCGUGUUCCGACAGGUGGUGCUUUGUGCAAAGCGACAGCUCUGGCAGAUCCGGGGACAUAUGUCUCCUUUGUAUAUCAAAAUAAUAUCAUCUGUUGUCUACGGGUUGCUGGUCGGUUCUAUGUUCUAUAACCAGCCGCAGACUACCGCAGGGAUGUAUUCUCGAGGAGGAGUCAUUUUCUACUCCUCCAUUCUGCUCGCAUGGCUCCAGAUGUCCGAACUGGAAGAAGCGAUGCAAGGGCGGGAUAUUCUCAGCCGUCAAAAGAAGUUUGCGUUUGUUCGACCCAGUGCUUAUACCACUCCAGCUCUUUAUACCUACGAGGCAACGAUGGCAGCAGAAUUUCACAAUACCAACUUCACUUGCUCACCAGAAUCUGUUGUCCCUUCCGGUGCCAACUACACCAACAUUGCAUAUCAGACUUGCGGUUAUGCAGGAAGUCAGAUCGGAACGACUGUCGUGAAUGGUGACGACUACUUAGCAGCGCAAUACGGCUUUUCUUUUGGUCAUGUCUGGCGCAACUUUGGAAUAUUGUGCCUCUUCACUGUGGUUUACAUCGCCUGUACUUGCUGGUUAAGUGAGAUCAUGGAAUGGGAACCGGACAGUGCGGGCCCCAUACAGUAUAAGAAGUCGCGGAGAAGUUCAAGACGAACCCACAGGGAAGGAUCGGAUGAAGAAAGCAACCCUGUCCAACGCGAUGCAACCAUGCCUGAUUCAGCAAACACUAGUGAAAAGCCUGGCCAAGCCAUCACCGGAACAAUGUCCACAUUUACUUGGGAUAAUUUGGAGCUGUUUGUCCAAGUCGGGAAAGAGACGCGAAAGCUGCUCAAUGGAGUCAGUGGCUACUGCAAGCCCGGAACCCUGACGGCUCUGGUGGGCGCCUCUGGAGCGGGAAAAUCAACUCGUAAGGCUCUGUUCACUCCUUUCCGUGUUCCCUUGCUAACGACUACAGUGUUGACUGCCCUGACUCGGCGACCAAAUUCUGGAAAGUUGACGGGUACAAUGUACGUCGACGGACAUGCUGUUGAUGAGUCUUUCAACCGUCAGAUCGGAUACUGCCAGCAAAUGGAUAUUCAUGAUGAGAGCAGCACUGUCCGUGAGGCGUUUGAAUUUUCAGCGCUGCUGCGCCAGAACCCUGAAGUGCCCGAUGAAGAAAAGCUCUCAUACGUAAACACGGUCAUCGAGACACUUGAAUUGAUCGAGUUGCAGAACGCCCUCAUCGGAUCAUUAGAUAUCGAAAAGAAGAAGCGUGUUACUAUUGGAGUAGAGCUUUGCGCGAGGCCUGAGUUGCUACUUUUCCUGGAUGAGCCGACAAGCGGACUCGAUAGCCAGGGUGCUUCUAGUAUUGUUGCUUUGUUGAGACGGUUGGCAGACCAGGGACUGGCUAUUCUUUGUACCAUUCACCAAGCAAACCAGCAGCAGUUCGAGGAGUUUGAUCGCGUCUUGGCUCUCAGUCCUGGUGGAAGUACCUACUACUUUGGGGAAGUAGGGCAGUCCGGCUGUUCAAUCUUUGAGUAUUUCUCCAAGCAUGGGCACAAGCCGGAGAAUGUGACCAAUGCGGCAGACUAUUUGAUCGAAGUUGUCGUAGGGGGCAUGAAAGACACCACACACCAAGUCAACUGGGCUGACGUAUGGAACCGAUCCAAGGAAGCCGAUCUGGUCAAGAAAGACAUAUGCGACAUCAGGAGUAAGGGAGUUAAGGCCGACGUCUUCCAAGAUUCAAAAAGAAUCUCCACUCCGCCACUUUAUCGCCAGGUAGGCCUUUUGACCAAGCGUACUUUGCGGCAGUACUGGCGAAGCCCAGAGUAUCCUUACUCCCGGCUCUAUGCGUCGUUCCUACACGCCCUGAUUAACGGUCUCACUUACCUACAGAUUGGGAACAGCUCAACCGACCUGCAAUCGAAGGCCUUCUCAUGCUUCUUGGUUCUUAUGCUGGUACCUGAGUUCAUCAACGCCAUCUCUAUGCGGUUUAUCAUGAAUCGUGAGAUAUGGAAGGCACGCGAAGAUCCUAGCGGUGUCUACGGAUGGGUUGCCUUCUGUACAGCACAAAUUGUAUCUGAGAUCCCGUACGCCAUAAUUAGCGCCGUGAUAUUCUAUGUGCUCUAUUAUUUCAUUGUCGGACUCCCUUUGGGAUUUGCUGCCGGAUAUAGUUUCUUGAUGUUCUUCUUGUUCUUUCUGUUCGCGACGUCUUGGGGUCAAUGGAUCGCAGCGCUGAGCGCUGACUCUAUGGUGGCUGCGACCCUCAUGCCAUUCUUUAUCAUCAUGUGCGAGCUGUUCAACGGUAUCCUCCAACCCCACGAUAACAUGCCCGUGUUCUGGAAGUACACCAUGUACUAUGCCACGCCAUUCACUUAUUGGAUCGGCGGUGUCCUAACGGCUGUCCUACGUGGCAUGCCCGUCAUUUGCGACAGCAGCGAAUUAACGAUUUUUGAAAGCCCACCGAACAUGACUUGCGGAGAGUAUGCAGGCCCGUGGCUUGCAGAGCAUGGCGUAGGCUACCUCUCCAAUCCAGAUGACACAAGCAAAUGCGGAUAUUGCAAGUAUAGCUAUGGAGAUGAUUAUCUGUCUGGCCUUGGCCUAGACUCGUCGAAGAUUUGGCCCUAUUUCGGAAUUUUCUUUGCAUUCGUGAUCUCGAACUAUUUGAUGAUUCUCAAGAUGUACGAAGAUCGCCAAUUAGGAAAUCAUAACGAACAAACGUCAACAUCACCGGACUCGAUCCUAGUACCCCGACGGCGCCGACCGGCUCUUUCUUGUACUGUUUGCAGACGUCGCAAGCUCAAGUGCGAUCGAGCAUUACCGUGCUCGCAAUGCGUCAAGUCAAAGACCCCUGAUCUCUGCGCUUACUCCGGACCCGCGCCGGGCCAGCCGUUGGAGACUCGACCGAUUCGCACCGCUUCCGACCGGGCCAAUGUGCCCAGUAAUCACACCAGUCCAGGCCAUGGUGGACUCUACGUCUUCGACUCGCGGCAUCAGUCUACACACCGAAUCACCAAGCCCAAAGGACGCCCUGAGGAAGUGCAAGAACUCCGACAUCGUGUGCAAGUGCUGGAAAGCGCUCUGUCCAGAGUUGGGUCCAUCCAAACGCCGGACAGUUCGGCGUGCGAGUCUGUGUCGGACUACGGGCCCCGGAUAACCUCGGAGUCUCUACUACUCAGUGAGGACGUCAAGCAUCUACCAGGGCGAGCAUGUUUCAGGGGGAAAAAUGGAAAGACCAGAUAUUGUGGGCGUUGCCAUUCAGCACUAUCAUUCUCAUUUUUCAAAGACGUGGCUUCCUACUUCCAAGACCGACGCAUGCAGAAGAAGUCGAAAAGCCCGGAGUAUCUCAAAUUGAAAAAGUUCAGGGGUGAAAUGCUAUCUCGAGAGAAGCAAGAUCAUCAGAGGGCAUACCGUGAGAAAGCUUUCACGCUGGAAGAGAUGCUUCCGCAUCGGAGAGUCGCCGAUGAGCUAGUCAACCUGUAUCUAUCCACCUUCGAGACGACAUAUCGAAUCUUGCACGUUCCGACAUUUCUCAAGCAAUAUGAGACAUACUGGGCUGGUACCGAAACCACUGAUAUGGCCUUUAUUGCCAAACUUCUGGCCGUGAUGGCUGCUAGUAGUUGCUUCUUUAGCCCAUCAACGAGACUGAAUGAGAAAGAUACUCUGCAUAGUGCGGCAGGAGGGUGGAUUAUGGCAGUACAAUCAUGGAUCUCAUCCAUUAAUGUUAGCUCGACGAUUGACUUCAAUAUGCUGCAGAUCCAGUGUAUCUUGAUCCUCGCACGCCAGGCUGACGCCACAGAUGGGGACGUUGUCUGGAUCUCCUCGGGUUCUUUGAUCCGCUCUGCUAUGAUGAUAGGGUUGCACCGAAACCCUGCGCGCUUUCCAAAGAUGACCAGGUUUUGGGCUGAGAUGCGUCGUCGUCUAUGGGCUACCAUCUUGGAGCUGGAUCUACAGUCCGCCUUGGACGGAGGUAUGCCUCCUUCAAUCGACUUAGACGAAUAUGAUUGUGACCCACCGUCAAACUAUGACGAUGAUGACCUAAUGGAGGAUCUGACAGAGGACGUUAUCCCGAAGGACGCAGAAAUGGUGACACGCAGCAGUUUCCAGGUUCUGCUGUCGCAGUCGUUGUCGUUGCGUGUUCGGAUAGCGAAGUUAGUCAAUGGUUUGAAAUUCACUUUGUCUUAUGACGAGGCAUUGCGACUGAGUGAACAACUGGUUCAGCACCGGGAUAACGUCUUGGCUUUGUUCCCUGAUAACGCAUCCACAUCCAUUUCCCUUGAAAGCCUGCAGUUCACGAGGUCGUUCUUCGUGUUCAUCAUGGUCCGCUUUUUACUUGUUCUUCAUCGUCCGUUCUCCCUCAGUGUGCAAUUGUCGCCCAAAUUUUCCUAUUCACGGAAGAUCUGUCUCGAGUCAUCUCUGGAAAUGCUUUCUCAGUUGGAUGCUCCCGCUGUUAGCCUCCCAGAGGCACAGGCAUGUCCACAUCUAGGGCAGCUCAGUGGGGGGAUGUUCCGCGACGAGUUUUUCCACGCCGCGAUCACCGUCUGUGUGGAAGUUUCCCUUCAAGCUACCGAGUUCUCGUCAUCGAAACAGCCAUCUGGCCAGAUUAGUUCACUAAGUUCGCUGAAUGACUUGGUACGGUCCCAGCAGGAUGUCUUAGUCCGGGCUGUGGAGCAUACGCUGGACACCUUUGGCAGCCGAAUUUCGCCACGGGGGAAAGGGUGCAAGGCGUUUAUUUUCCUUGCAAUGGCCCUUGCUUCCGUCAAGGCGCGCCUGAAUGGAGAGGAUGCCCUAAGAAAGGUCGAACAGGUGGCUGCAAAAUCUAUUAAGGACUGUGAACGGCUGAUUCGAGGAAAAGCAUGGAUCGAUAUCCGAAGAGAAGAAGGCCCCGUUGUGCCGGAUACCUCAACACCUAGCAUGAACUCUGCGGCUUCUGAGAUACCGUUUGAUCCUGCGUUGGUUCCCUACGAGGCCGUCCUGACCACUCUUGGUCUUCAGGCUGCUCCCGGAGAGCAGGCCUCCAAUCAUGCCGUGGCCUAUCUGGUGGCCAACUGGCUCAUCUCAUUUGGCCUAUUCAGCACGCGGCGGGAGAAGUUGAAGCUCGGUAUCGAUCACAACCAGGCCCCUCGUGACGACCUCGCCAAAUUUGGAGAGGCCGCUGUACAAUCAGGCAAGAUCACACGGCAAACCUUGAAUCGACUCAAGCGGCAGGAAGCCAGCAUGGCCAAUUCAGCAGAACAUUACCCAUUGUUUGUAGCCGCAAUACUUGUCGCUCUUCACGCGGGUGUGUCUAAUGAUGUAAUCAACCGCAUUGGACUAUGGUAUGCGGUGUCACGGCUGGCGUUCGGGCUCUGCUACAAGUACAUCGAGUCUCUCAAACUGAGCUUUGUUCGUUCGUUCUUUUGGUGGUCGGGCAAUAUCUGCUGCUUCACUGCUUUCUGGUUUGCCUCGAAGAAACUGUGA